AAUCUUAACGUUUCUGCAUUACGUAAACGACACACUAAAAUUCCACAAACCGGCCUCACAGUCAGUGAUACCACACCACAAGAGCAUAAAUAUAUUAAGCUAACCUUUCCUUUCCUCUUUCAAAAUAUAAUUAAUUGAUUUGGCCUUAAUUUCCCCUUUUGUCUCGCCAAUUUGAUCAACCAAACACCAUCAAUCUUUCACUUCUCUCAUUCAGUCAUUCCUUGUCUGUUUGUUUUUCAUUUUUCUUCUUCCUCAUUUUAUAUACCAAAGAAACUAAUUAGAGAAUGAGAGAAAACAUGGAAGAGGGGCUACUGACAAGGUCUCCAAUGCUUGAAGAAUCAAAGUCUGAGGCUGAUGAUGACACACAGUCGAAUGACUCCCCAGCUACCAUUGUUGUUGUUCUUAGCACCUUGGUCGCACUCUGCGGCUCUAUCUCCUGCGGCUGCAUUUUAGGAUAUACCUCACCUGCUGAAUCUGGAAUCAUUCAAGACCUGGGCCUUUCAUUUGCAACUUACUCAGUUUUUGGUUCAAUAGUGACAGUUGGAGGAGUGGUGGGUGGAUUAGUAAAUGGAAGGAUAACCGACCUCAUAGGUCGUAGAGGUACAAUGUGGUUCUCUGAAAUAGUCUGCAUGGCUGGGUGGUUUUUAAUAGCAUUUGCAAAGAAUGCUCGGUGGCUGGACUUAGGAAGAGUAUUAUUGGGGUUUGGAAUGGGGGUCUUAUACUAUGUGGUUCCUGUAUAUAUUGCUGAAAUAACACCAACAAAUCUUAGAGGAACAUUUACUACGGGUAAUCAGUUCAUGAAUUGUUUUGGAAUUCUACUAAUGUACUGCAUUGGAGAUUCUGUGACCUGGCGUGCCUUGGCUGUAAUUGGUGCUAUUCCAUGUAUGCUCCAAAUUUUAGGACUGUUUUUCAUUCCAGAGUCUCCCAGAUGGUUGGCAAAAGUUGGUAAACAUGAAGAGCUUGAAGCCAGCUUGCAGUCUCUUAGGGGAAAGAAUGCUGACAUUUCUCAAGAAGCAGCCAAUAUCAUAGAUCAUACAAAAACCUAUCAGAAGCACUCAGAAAGAUUUCUAGACUUGUUUCAACGAAGAUAUGCUCUUUCUCUCACUGUUGGAGUAGGGCUCAUGGUACUGCAACAACUUGGAGGGAGCAGUGCAAUUGUUUUUUAUGCAAGCUCUAUAUUUUCAGAUGGUGGUUUUUCAAGUAGUAUUGGGACUAUAACAGUGGCUAUUAUGCAGAUACCUGCCAAUGGUUUGAGUUUGCUUUUGACGGAUAAAUUAGGAAGACGACCUCUUCUAAUGGUACAUCCCCAAACUCCUGAUACUUUUACAUAUAGGGUGGGGUUGGCUUUGUGUACAAGUUAUCCCAUAUACUUGAGUUUGUUACAUUCAGGGCAUCGACCAGUUGAAGAAGCUAACUCCCAUUAUGGUGUUUAUCGGCAUCCAGGGGUGUGGUGUAGCAUAUCCAUUAGGGAUGGCAGGAUUACCAUGGGUUAUAAUGUCAGAGAUAUUCCCCGUAAAUAUAAAGGGUUCAGCUGGAAGCCUAGUGAGCUUGGCAAAUUGGUCAUUUUCUUGGAUAGUUACAUACACUUUCAAUUUUAUGAUGGAGUGGAGUUCAUCAGGAACAUUUUUCAUAUACUCUGUUAUUUGCUGUUCAGCUGUUGUGUUUGUUGCAAAGUUAGUGCCAGAGACUAAAGGACGAACUUUAGAAGAAAUACAGGACUCAAUAACACAGAUUUAUUAGUUGUAGUCUAAACAAUGUGAACUUCCUGUUUUAUUUAGGAAUAUGUAUCGGGUUCAAAGGGCUAGCUAUUCUAUGCCACAAUCUACUACUAAUUUUUGGUGACUUUA